CUUACGAAGAUUCCAGUAACAAUGUCCAACAAAGUGGUUUGAAUAUGCAAACAAUUGCAGCAUUGAAUCGCGAGAAAACAUUCAAAACAAAAUAUAAAGAUUCUAUUGCCGGACCGCAUAGAACGGUUAUUCGUGGUUGCCAUCGGAUUUGGCGCGUUCCAGAGUCUUCAGAGCAUUGGCAUUUUGGUACGUCGGUCCAUCCGGUUUGUGGUAAAUCUACUAUUAUCUCUUUGUUCCUUCAAUAUUAUGACGUUGACUCUGGCACCGUAAAUGUUGAGCGUGCAAAUGUCAAGGAUUGGAAUCUCCAAUAUUUGAGAUCAAACAUGGCAUUAGUUGGUCAAGAGCUGGUUCUUUUUGAUAUAACCAUUGGAUAUGAUACGCCUGUUUGUGAAAAAAGAAUUCAGUUGAGCGGCGGACAGAAACAGCGCGUCGCAAUAGCACGAGCAUUAAUUCGAAACUCGAAACUAUUAUUAAAUGAAGCAACAUCAGCACUCAACUCCGAAUCUGAAAGAGUUGUACAAGACGCUCUAGAUC